AGAAUCUUUACUAAACGCAAACAAAAAUCAAAUUAUCUUUCUUGGGUUCUCUGUUUCGUUAAUAAUAAUGGAUCCGUCUUGUACAAACUCAGUAAACGGAUUCUACUCGUUUCUAAACAGAUCAAUGGAAGAUCUCGAAAGGGUUUAUCUCUCUAACAACUUCAUGUCCGUACAGUUCCUACAGAGAGUGAUCUGUCUUCUCAGAACCUCUCACUCCCAUCUCACACUUCUCGUCCAAAAACUUAAUCUACCUGUCGGUGACAAGUGGCUCGACGACUACAUGGACGAAACCUCCAAGCUCUGGGACGUUUGCCACGUCAUCAAAUCCUCUCUCUCCUCCAUGGAAACCUUCUGCUCCGCCGCGAUUUCCAUCGCCUCUACGCUCGACGGCCACCACCACCACCGUCAGAUUUCCCGGCAGGUGAUACGAGCGAUAUCUGGAUGUCGGAGAGAAGCGGUGGGGUUAGAGGAAGAAAACAGAGCUUUAAUGGAGAAUCGGAUCCAAAGGUUUCCUUUUUUAUCGGAGCAAAUUACGACGACGGCGGCGAUGGAGUCAUCGAAGAUACAGAACGGAUUCAGCGGUUUCCGAGGAGUAAUGAACACAAUGAAGAACAUAAACUCGCGGCUUCUCAUGAUCUUAAUGCAAGGCCUUAUUUAUUGUAUCCCCGGAGAGACAACGGCGACGGUGACGAUGACGGCGACGGCGUUGGUGAGGUUGAAGCAGAGAGUGGCGGCGGAAAUGGAGAGGACAGGGAUCAAGAAAGGGGUAAUGAUGUAUGAGUUUAGGAGGAGCAAAACGGCGAUGGAGGAGCUCAAGGCGGAGCUGGAACGGCGGUGGUGCGGCGGAGGAGGAGAGAGGGAGGAGGAGGCGGCGGAGGCGGCGGCGGAGAAAGGGUUAAGAGAGAGAGUGGAGAACGUGAAAGUGAAUAUUGGGAAUUUGAGGAAUGGAUCAGAGAGUAUUGUUGCUCAGAUUGAUGAUUUCUUUGAUGAGAUUGUUGAUGGAAGGAAAAUGCUUUUGGAUUUCUGUAGCCACAGGUUGGGUUGCUUUUGAGUAGGAAUUGACUGCAAAAAUAGAUGUUGUCUAUACGGAAGGGAGUUGCAGAAGGAAGGAAGAGAAGGGAAAUAAAACGAAAACAGCUAAUGAUUAAAAACUGACUGAUUCCU